AAGAUAGCAAGUGUUUCAGAACUUAGCUCUACGCCGGCCGGCCAGCAAUGCGAUAUAUCGUCGCUUCAGAUUUCGGGUAACCGUUGGCGUAUGCGGAUGCGGUGGAUGUUCUGAAUCUGGAGGGAAAAACGCGACAAGUGCAAACACGUUGCGUGCCACGCGGGAGUUUUCGCUCUUUAUUAUCGUUAUUAGCGCGUGUUUUUAUCAAAUCGUGGGAAUGCCGCCUUUUGACCGGAUUUGUCAUUAGCGGCUUUUAAUUAGCAAGUGACAAUUGCAUCUUAGAAUGGAACAAAGUUUUUAAUUAGGCUUGAUGUGUACGGUGGUAUAAUGAGAAUGGGAAAGGGACCGAGUGAACUGAUUGCGCUGAUCUAUUUGGUAUGCCUAAUUGGAUGCGAGGCUAUUUUAAACAGCGGUUCGAUCUUUACCAACGAUCCACCUCCUAUGUUCGUAUCCAGAGAAAAAACUUUCAGAGUAGUAACCGGGGACACAGUGGUUCUACCUUGCGAAAUUAAUAAUCUCGGUUCGUUCGUGGUUGUGUGGAAGCGAGGACUAACUUUGCUCAGUGCCGGCGAACAAAAGAUAUCUAGAGAUCCACGAAUAUCCCUGGUGGGUUUCAAUUUACAAAUCAAGGAUAUCAAACACGCAGAUCAAGGCAAUUACGCGUGCCAAAUCGGCGACGGCUUACAAGGAGAGCUCAUUCAUUCCAUAGAGAUACUAAUGCCUCCAAGUUUGCAAAUUACUCCUCCCAGUGGACAGGUUGUAACAAGGAAAGGAGGGCCUGUUUCGUUUGAGUGUAGGGCUAAUGGAAACCCCAAUCCAACCGUCCAGUGGUCGAAACGAGAUGGAUUGCUUCCAUCAGGUCUGCAAGUGGAAACAAAUUACAUGCUGAACAUAAAUGAAGUACGACGACAAGAUGGUGGGAUAUAUCAGUGCACAGCGUCGAACGGGAUAGGUCAACCAGUUACUGGAGAAAUAAAAUUACACGUUUUAUAUCCACCUGAAGUAAAAGUGUUGAGAUCUUGGGUUAAUUCGGGUGAAGGACUUGAGGCCAAACUGGACUGUGUAGUGCAUUCCGAUCCGCCUGCCGAGGUUACUUGGUAUCAAGACUCGUUUCAGCUGCAGCCGACAGACAGGCGCUUGAUGUUGCAUAAUGGUCAAACACACUCUCUGAUCAUCAAGAACGUUCAAAUGUCCGAUUUUGGAAAUUAUAGCUGCUUGGUCACAAAUUCAAUUGGUCGAGAUAAAAGAUAUAUCGAACUAUCUGGAAAGCCUGGACCCGCUAAAAUAAUUAGUUCACAGUAUUCAAAUCCUCAUGAAUAUGAUCUGAAAUGGACAGUUCAAUCAGUCUUUCCCAUCAUCGAAGUUCGAGUGUUGUUCAAGAAAAUCAUGAUAAACAGUUCUUACCACCAUCCGGGACAAUGGCACGAUCUUCUGAUCAAACCCAGCCAAUCUUACAAUUCCGCCACCAGCGAAAGAACUCAAUCCUACCGGCUCCACAAUCUUCAAGCCGAUUCGACCUACGAAUGUGUAAUUCAGACAAAAAACCAGCACGGUUAUGGUGAACUUUCGGAUACCUUUCAGUGGUACACUGCUCCAAAAGGUCGAAUAAUUCUGCAGAGCAAUGGAGGUGUUUUUAAUUCAUUUUCUGAAGUGAUACUUCUAAGCAUUCUAUCUAUUUUGUUAAUGAUUAGCUCAUAAAGUGAAAGACCCAUCAGCAUGUACAUAUAUUAAAGGUUUGUUGUAUGUUGAUUUGGUACUUUUACUUUUCAGUUAUGUUCACGUUUAUGUUACUGAAAUUUACAUAUUUUGUCAUAUGUUGCCUGUCAUCUACAGUGCAACAUUCAUAUAUUUAAUAAGGCGAAAUUCAGUUUUUUGAGCAAUACUUUGCAUAAAUACUUGCAGAAUAUUCAUAAUGUGAUUGUACAACAAUUUGCGUAAACAAAAAUAAGGCCACCUAGUCACACUUAUCUUUAGCAAAAUAGUAGUAUCUGUUUGCUUAUCUUGUCGCUACAGGCGGCAAUGCUGCUCGACUUUUUGUUGCUUUUAUAAAAUUUAUUACAAUUGCAUUUUUUUAUUUUGAUUGAGAAUAAUCUGAUGUCGAUUGACAAGAUUGAGAUAACUUUUGAAUAUAUUCAAAAUUUACAAACUGUGCUUGGUUGUACAUGAAAAUAUCUACCCUUGCUACCUUCUCUUGCCCAAAUACGUUAUUACCUGUAUUUAUGAAAUUCUAGAUGUGUUUGCCUAAAUACCCUUGUUACUGGUUAGGCAUUACGCAGUUAUUUCAUGUAGUGCAACACAUUUCAUAUAUUUUGAAAUAUGUACGUUGUAGUUAGUUAAUAUAAAAAAAUAACCAGUUAAUCUUGAACUCCUGGUUAAUGGCGAAAUAAUAUCCGUUGCAAUGAUUUUACCUCGCACAACCUGCUAUCUGCUACAAGCUAGUUUCAUGUUUAGUUGUUCCCUACCUUUAAAUAGAAAGGAUGUAAAAAAUAAGAAAACUACCCAUAAAUCAUUCAUAAAAAUGAAGAAAUUUUGUCAAUUAUAAAAACAUAGCCAUUCGGUGAUCCCAUAUAAAAUUGAGUAUUUUCCAGCACAAAUACGUAUCUAUAUAACUAAGAGAGGUCUUCAGAUUGUGUGGAGAAAAUAUUCAUUGUAUACUGAGAAUUCACACGGUUUGAGGUAAUCUUAGAAAGGCCAUUUAGAACGAGACUUUUUAUGGAUUGGAUUUAGUCAAUUCGGACGCUACAUUCCUUUGCACCGCUGCCGCUCUAGAAAUAUUGUGUAGAAACACAGGAUUAAUACUGUGUGAGAUAUAGCUGACGACCUCUCUUAAUUGCUCACUUGGUGCUGUCGCCUUAUUGCGCAAUAUAAAUAAGCCUAUAAAAUUUGUCAUAAAAAUUAUGAUCCAAUUCACUUAGGAUUUUAGGUGAUUUAUCAGAUCCCUAUGUUUCUGAAGCAAAUCUUUUUCAACUGGCCGACAACCUCAUAAUUUAGGUUGUUUUCACUUUUUACUCCUACUACUGUUAUAAUAAGCAUUAACCCGAUAAGGGUCGCAUUGCCCUAACAUAAACCAAGUGGUUGAGGUUAACCGAAUGUUCUUAAUAUUAACUAGAUUUCGCACCUAAUUUCUAACAUAACAGGAUUUUUCAUGAUUAUGUGAAAAUGUAUAAAAGUGUUCAAAUGAAUAUAAGUGUUGCAAAUA